CGUCCUUGACGUGUGCAUAGCCUUACCUAGGCGUCAACGCAAAACCCUUGACUCACAAUUCCCGCCCUAGCCUUGGUCCUCUCAACGAGCUCAUCUAUGUAGGGCUUGCAGCAACACCUAGCUUUGCCUUAGCGUGCAGGCGCAGCGAGGAUCGGCUAGUCAAGUCGGCUCUAACCACCGGGCUGUGGACAUGGCCGCCUUCGCUAGCGCACUCGAGGGCGUCCUGCUCCACGCGGUCGCCGCGCUUGAGGCAGAGGACGCCGGCACGUCAGCGGACGCGCAGACAGCCUAUAACAGUGCCUGGUGCGCGCUGACCUGUGCUGUGGAGCUUCAUGGUGGCCCGGAUGGGACGGGCCUGCAUGAGCUGGUACGAGAGACGUGCAGGGCGUUGUUGGACACAUACCGUCUGCGCUAUGAGGCGCUUGGCGGCGCCGGCGAGGAGGAAUGCGCUGGCGGCGCGCCCUUCUACGCACUCGACGGCGACGCGGGCAUCCGUCGCAACGGCAGCGCACAGCGGCUAGCGGUGGCUGGGCAUAUCGCACCUGGCCAUGACAAUGUUGCCGCAGAGCCUGCCAGCAGGCCGGGCCGGGCAGGAAGAGGGCCUGACUGCGACGGCACGCGCACUGCAACGUACAGCGAUGGACUUGGUCUUGGUCGGGCGCCACAAAGCCAGCAGGGCACGGUCGAUUAUGCGUGUGGUCAGCGGCAGGCACCGGUCUGCCAAGAGCCGCCGCCGCACGGCAGCGUGCUGUCGGCUGAAGAUGAUGACCCACAUCGUCAACGGCUAUGCCAGCGCCGGAGGCUCGAUGCCCCGCCAACCCACAUCACAGCUUGCACUGGCACGCCAGACAGCUCAGGCUGGGAGCAGCAACGGCAGCAGCCGCAGCGAUACGGCGCCAACCCGCACGCAGGGACCUCACGCGGCAGCGAACGUGAUCACCCGGGCACCCCCUCAACCUGCAGACAGCCAUCCUCGUCAUCGCUAUCGUCAGCCGCACCCACCCAUCCGCCUCCCUUGGCAGCUUCAGCGGCCGCGUCAGCCGGGCGGGGUGGAGGGCAGGCGCCCCCACCCGAGGCUGCUUGCGCCCCGGCGCCUGCCGGCGAGGCCGAGGACGAGGCCACGGUGGAGGUCCUGAAGCAGUGUCUGCGACAUGUGGCUCCGGGCGGCAGCUUGGACGAGCUCGCAGGCCUCGGGGACAUCAAGCGGGAGCUGCGGAUGGCGCUGCUUCUGCCGCUGCGGAUGCCGCACCUGUUCACCGGUAUCCGCCACCCGCCACGCAACUUCCUGCUUCAUGGCCCGCCGGGAACUGGCAAGACCAUGCUGGUGGAGCGGAUCGCCUCCGAAACGGGGGCGGCGCUGCUGGUGCUGACGCCAGGCGCCAUCCUGUCCAAGUGGGCUGGUGAGAGCGAAAAGCAGCUGCGCGGGGUGUUCACAGCGGCGGCCCGGAUGGGGCGGCCCUGCAUCGUGUUCAUGGACGAGGUGGACUCGUUGGGCUCGGCCCGGGGAUCGGGUGACGACCCCAUGAGCCGCCGCCUGCUGAACGAGCUGCUGGUGCACAUGUCCAUGCUGGCCGGGCAGCAGCAGCAGCAGCAGCAGCAGCAGCAGCAGCAGCAGCAGCAGGGCCGGCAGCAGCAGGCAAGACUGGCAGGCCAGGGGGCAGUAGCUGGACAGGUGCAUGCGGCGACUCCAGCGGGCAGUGGGGCGACAAACCCGGUGUACAUCUUCGCCGCCACCAACCGUAUGCAGGACUGUGACCCGGCGCUUCUUCGCCGCUUCGACCGGCGGAUAGCGGUGCCGCUUCCGGACGCGGCGGCGCGGCAGGCCUUCCUGCGGGGCGUACUGGCCCAGCCGGAGCUGGCGGGUCACGUGCUCACACAAGAGGACAUUGGGAAGCUGGCGGAGCUGACAACAGGGUACAGCGGCAGCGAUCUGUCGCAGCUGUGCCGCGAGGCAGCCAUGCGGCCGCUGCGGGAGCUACUGGAGCGGCAGCUGGAGGACCUGGCGGCGCAGCAGCCGUGGGCGAGCAGCGCCAGCACAGCAGCCGUGGUGGCGAGCGGUGAGGACCCGCACGGCUGUGUCCGGGCGCUGGCCAUGGAGGACUUCGCGCAGGCCAUGGUAGUGGUCCGAACAGCGGCGGCGGAUGGAGGACGCGGCGAAACACAAAAUGACACAACAUGAAUGAGAUGAGGUGAAGUCGUGUGUCAGUGCGGUCGUGCCUAACUGUAUGCGAACAAAGGUGACGCAUUAUAGCGUGUAGGUCUGGACUCGAGUGUGUGCGCUCGUGGGUUCGAGGGAGGCAUGGUCAGCUUUGUCGGUUGGGGGCAGGCGGGGUGCUUGCACCCAGGAAGGCGCGGGGCAGCUAAACAGCGCCGCGGUUGCAGAGGCUACGCAACUGGUUCUCCCGGGACUUCGCAGCAACGUGUCAAUUCUUCUUAUAAUUUUACGCGGACCGUGUGCCGCCUGACACAAAGGAAAAGUGGGGCGUGUCAGACAUCAGCAGUCGAGGAUGGUCGCGGCGGGCAUAACGCAAACCAGUCAGACAACCCGCAGGGCGUCAAUCUUCGCAGAGUAACUUGCACAUGCUAUUCAAUCACAUUGAGCCGAU